AUGGCGUACCUGACACCUCCAGUCUCGCUCAUAGGAAUAAAUCAACCGAAUACACCGCCAAAUGGCGUUCUUGAAACGCCAACGCAGCCCAUCUCUUCGUCGAGUAAUGGGGUUGCCCAGCCCUUUCGAAAUUUCGAGAGCGACAUGUCGCUGAAAUUGAAGAACAACAUCUGCAAGUCAUUCGAGGACGACUUAUUUUUCUGUCCCAGGACGCUGCUGUCGUCGCAAGAGCUGUCAACGUGCCAGCAGAUGGACCUACUCAUGCUGAAGCAACUGCAGGAACUCAGUUCGAUGGGUUCGAGCAGUGGGGCCGCCAUAUUGGAACAGCAACUACAGGGCCACCCCAAAUUUAACCCCUAUACGUCACAGAGCUUCAGUCCCGCACCACCAGUGCUUGAGUCGCAGUGA